AUGUUAUUUAUUGGUGACGGUAUGGCCUGGCGUGACAGUUUCUUUUUUCCGGGUAAUACCUCCUCCGACGUGACAGCUUCUUUUCGUUUGUUAGAGUCGGACGAAUUCAUAGUCGGUAUAUUUAUGACGGUUCGAGAUGUAAUUCGAGUAGAGGG